AUGGCUCACCUUACUCAAGACGAGCGCGAUAUCAUCGAACAAAAUCCUUUCGGCGACUCACUCAGCGCCGUUCGUAAAGCACUGCGCGAGGCCGAACCAAACACUCCCUGCGAAGCGUCCGAGCCAGAUGACAGCGCAGACGCGCCAGAACGACCACGAUUGUUUGUGGCAGCAAUUGGCAAACUGUUCUCUAUUCUCUCUGCGUCCGAUGUAUCUCCACAACUGGCUUCGAGAACCGGAAGGGACUCUCUGUUUUCUGAUCUAGGCAUCGUCCGUUCACGACUUCCGAAGGGCGACUUCGAGUACCAGCACUUCCGCCCGCUGUCACAGCUUGUAAUCAAACAAGCCCCCGAUGUCGACAUUUGGGCUGCCGUCGUCGCCCUCAUCCGAGCAAUCUCCCAGUCCACUCCGCCACCGAGCCUUCCACCGUCCUUCAACACCCCCAUCUCCCAUUCAUCCGCCUCACUGCAAGGCUCGGAACAGACGCGGAAGAAGAUCGAAGAUCGCGUGUUCGAAGAGAUUCGCCACUGCACGCACCGUGCAGUCGGCGGAUUCCACGAGAAAUAUUUUGAGGGCAAAAAAUGGAACCGGCGAGCCAAGCGAAUCUGGGAGGCCGCCAAAAGCCACUACAGCGACAGCGAUAAGCGGUGGACACAACUUCCCGACGCGCCCACGGAGGACGAUGUGGGCGACUGGUGGCUCGGCUUGCAGCAAGAGCUGUUGUCAAACGAAGGUGCCGCCUACUUCAGGACCACCCUAGACAAUAAACACGACUGGCGACACGUGUCGGUCGUCGGCGAGAUCAAGGAAUCCAACCAGAAAGACAAAGUCCUGUUGCUUCAGAUUGGCAGCGCUGUCAUGUGCGGUUAUCUGAUGAUGAGCGACGAAGAUCUGGGCUUGGAUACAAUCACCAAGGAGAAAGACGACAAGCUAUUCAUCACCAUACCUGUUGAAGCUCGCGGGAAGAAACGGAAUAGGGAACUCGAACUCGACCCCAACCCGAUCGCCCUUCAGCGAGCGAUUGUCUGUCGCGGCACGUCGUGCUUUCGUGCCAAGCCUACGGGCGCAGCGGGGUAUGACAGGGUCGUGAAGUUCUCUUGGACCUCUAGCGUGCGACCACCCGAGGCGGACCUUCUUAUGAAGGCAAACGAUCGCGGCGUGAAGGGUCUCGCGAAACUGGUUGCCUACCGUGAAGAAGUCACCAGCAUAAGCAAGCUGCGUGAAGGUCUCGUCUUCUCGACUCCGCAUAAGUUUCGCGGCGUGCCGCGCAGCGCCCACUCGUCCUUCUCACAAUCGCAGCUCCCGCCGAGUCGCUCGUUCAGCGAGUUUCACGGUCUCAGCAUUGCCAGCGGAAAGCGAAAGUCUAUAGAUGGAGGAAGUCAUACGUCGAAGAGACCCCGGUCGAACAGCCAGCUAGCCGAGACAGCACACGGAGAGGGGAUCACUUACCCCGUACAAGAACCGGAGGGUACUAGUCUCAUCCAGCAAGACCAAGACCUGCCGUACGAUAAUCGCAUCUUUCGCGUACUGGCCAUCUCUCCGGCGGGCCGAUCCAUCAGCCAGUUCAAGUCUGUUGUCGAGCUCCUUGAAGGCCUUCGUGAUGCCAUCAAGGUGCACCGAUCACUCUUCAUGGAUGGGGAAAUUCUGCACCGAGACAUCUCGGAGAACAACAUCAUCCUCACGGACCCGGACACGGCCGACGGCUGCAAGGGCGUGCUCAUCGAUUUGGACCUGGCCAAGGAAGAAGGCACCGGCCCGAGCGGCGCCCGGCAUCGGACUGGUACGAUGGAAUUCAUGGCGAUUGAAGUGCUCCUCGAAAUAUCGCACACGUAUCGUCAUGAUCUUGAAUCAUUCUUCUAUGUCCUUAUCUGGCAAUGCGCCCGCCGUGGCUGGGGACUUCUAGGCAAAGCAAAGCAGCAGGCAGGAGAGAGUAUGUUGAUGGACUGGUAUACCGGCAGCUACAAAAAGAUCGCAAACACGAAGCUUGGCCACAUGGAUGCAGGCAAGGGUAAAGGACUUGAUCUCAUAUUAAGGGAGUUUCCACCAGCAUUCGACUGUGUGAAGCCCCUGUGCAGGACGAUAAGAGACAUAUUGUUCCCAUACAGGCAUGGACUUUUUACCGGCACUCCACAGGACCCGAAGAUACUGUACGAUCCAAUCAUCAAAGCAUUCGAGGAUGCCUUGGAGGAGACUGGGCAGACAGAGGCAGAUACAUGA